AUGUCGACGUCGCAUGAAUCUACUACAGUGAUAACAACAGCAGCCACUACACCAACAAUCAUAACAACCACAACAGCGCGGUCACCUGAUAAAUAUGAAAAAUUUGAAUGGAAAUAUUGUAAUGGAUCAUCACAUCCCGGUGUCGAAGUAAUCAAUAUUGACCUUACGCCAGCACCAUUACUCUAUCCCGGUGAUGCUAAUUUUACAUUUAUUGCUGAUAUAAAACGUGGAUUAAUCUAUCAUGGUUACCAUCAUCAUGUAUUCCUUUUUUCAGCGGGGGCUAUUAUUGUGAAACUUGAUAUUCUUCGUAUUAUAUCUGGAAUUACAUUGCCUGUUAGGUGUUACAUAGUUGAUGGAAAAGAGGUUGGUUCAUGCAAAUACAAAGACUUAUGUGUAACGUUACAAGCAUUAUUUUCACAAUUUAAUCCUCGCGAUUGUCCACAAGAAUUGUUCCGAUGGGGCAUUGAUUGUAAAUGCCCAUUUAAUAUACCAGCUUCACAACGUCUAGAUGUUCAUCAAUUAUUUUCAUCAUCUGCCUUAUCAGCUGCACAAACAUCAUUUUAUCGUUUAUUUGCCAGUGGUAUAUUUAACAUAAAAGUUGAAAUAUCAGACAUAAGAGGACCUUUAGUAUGUUUAGAACUGCGUUUUACAAUAAAACCUACAAAAAAAAACUGA